CCGACCCGUGACUCGGGCGGGUGGCCCGGCCCGAACCGGACCCGUCCAACCCGCGGGCCGGUCCCGGGCCCACUUUUCUUGAACCGGCGGCCCGACCCGGCCCGAAUUCAUCAUUACCUACACAUAUAUACGUAAGAAGUAGAGGGAGAGAAAUAUAGAAGAUCAGUACACGCCGUCGAGGAAAUCGUCGGCCGCAAUCUUUGCCGGAGAAAGAAGAAAAACAAAGAAGAAGAUAUACCCGAUUUGACUCCAUCGCCAGCCUGACCUACUGCUAGUCCGUAGAAGUAUAAUUGAAACAUCUGCUAUUGUCGCCGGAAGAAGUUGUAGUGUGCUUGCAUUCUUUAUGUAAUAUAUGUUUGAUCCCUCAAAGUAUGAAAUCAUUUUUAAAUAAAAUGACAAUUUUUUGGUAAAAAACCGAAAAAACAGAAACCGAAUCGAAACAAACCAAACCAAUCAAACCGUGGUUCCAAGUUUUGGAGUGUAGAAUCGAACCGAAACCGAACCGAACUUUUUACUUUGAUACUAUAUUUGGUUUUAGGUCAAAACCGAACCGUAAGAAUCGAACUCACCCCUAUGAUCAAGCACUCGAACUAUAAAAAACAUCCAAUUUUAAUUUUAGCCGGUAGACUACAAGUUCCCUGGGUCACUGCCCAUGUGGACUUUCCACAUGGUUUUAUUGUUUUUUUUUAAUUUUAUGUUUUCGAGGUAUUUAACUUUCUUCUUUCAUUUUCAUUUACUCCAGUCCCGCAAAGUGAAACUAUACGCGGUCUUAUCCCUGUACUAAAGUACAUAGAGACUAUUUCCGGAUGACUCAUAGUGAAAAUCCCGUCCAAAAUUGCAUGGAUUGAAAAUUUAGUGAGCCAUUUUGCUUUAUUUCAUCAUAAUCUCAAACAAAAAAAUAAUGAAUCUUUGGCUCCAUUGAAAAUUGAAAAUGAUGGAAAAGGUAUUUAACUUUCUUCUUCUUUAUUUCAUUUUCUUUUUCUUUUUUCUUGUACAGGAGCAACUUCCCAGGCCAGCCAUGACUCUAGUCUUACCCUCGUUCCUCAUCUGACCAGGCCACCAACUUCAUCGGCGCUCUGUGCACCUAAUCGCGACCGCCACUACUACACCACCGACGCUCUUGUAAGACCUUACGUUUCUCAAGAAAUCAAGUAUCUUGUUCUUCAUCUCCACGCAUGGAACCCUUACACGCCGAACCUCAAUCCAAAUUCAUUGAAUUUCCGUACGUGUGCGCUCCCCAGAGAGAGCUUAUGGUGGAACUCAUGUCCUCUAUUGAGACCCGGCUUGGGUCUGACCUCCACCCAUGUACCCUCCCACCUGAUGUCCAGUACUAUGAAAACCCUAAUGGCUCCGCACAUGGUUCACUCCAUGUCCGGUCAGGCAUCCCCUCUUCCUUGAUUAAUCUCAUAUUGGGGAGUUGGAUCCAUUGCAAGUUGCCCAGUGGAGGAGCCGUGAACAUAACCACUCUAUCUGCCUAUUUGAGAUCCUCUACUAAUGCACCAAACUUUGUAAUUGAGUUCAUUCGUACCUCUCCAGUGUCUCUAGUUCUUAUCCUUGAUCUCCCUCCUCGAAAGGACCUUGUUCUACACCCUGAGUACUUGAAAGUGUUUUACGAAGACACCCAAUUGGACAGACACAGGAAACAUCUUCAGGAGCUACCCGUGGUGCGACCUUACUUCUCUUCAUCCCUGUUUGUUCGUGCUGUGUUCUCCCCAUCAUCCAUUAUGGUUUCCAUAGAAGCGAAUGAUGAUGAGGAAGAACGCAUUGAUGAUAUUAUUCGAGAUCAUAUAAGCCCUAUUGCUAAGGAAAUGCUGGGGACAUGGUUUGAUGUGUGUGCAAGUGUGGAGAGAGAAGUUGGAGGGGAUGAGAGUGCUGAACUAGAAAGGAGGGACCGAAUCAUUAAAAACAAGACAAUUGAAAUUGAUCUUGGAUUAAGCUACCCUAGACUCUUUGGGCAGGAAGUAGCGGACCGGGUUUUAGGAGUGUUACGGGAUAUCCUCAAUGCUUGAAUAGUUGAAUAUGGUCACAGCCUAAUGUCAAAUUGAUGAUAAUUUUACUGCUUAUGGUAACUGAACUGUAUUUAGCUGCAAUAUAAUGUGUAUUAUAAUAUGUAUAAACGUAAGACUUGAAUGGUUUUCAUCUCCCAGAAAUACAUGCAUAUUUGAAUUCUAC